AGACUUCUAAUAUUAAAACACUUUUAAUAUUUUUCAUAAAAGACACACGAGAUUUUAUACCAUAGUUUAAAAAAAUAUAAAACGAAAUGACCAAUAACUAUAUGAAUCUGCUAAUGAACUUGAAUACUUACAGUUAUCUUAAUUGUUUGUAUUAGGAAGCAUCAGUUUUUUGACUUCUUUCAAUACAACAAGAUAAGCGGAGGGGAGAGCUGAAAUGGCUAGGUUGCCACUUGGGUCGUCGCCGAUUGACAUCGCCGGUCCGGUGACCAACUGGUGGGACCACGUCAACGAAUCCGUUCAGUGGCAAGAUGGGAUUUUCUACUCCCUUUGUGCUUCCUAUGGUCUUGUUUCAGCAGUUGCCCUAAUUCAAUUAAUACGAAUUGAUUUGAGGGUACCCGAGUAUGGCUGGACAACACAAAAGGUGUUCCAUCUGAUGAACUUUGUUGUAAAUGGAGUUCGUGCAAUUGUCUUUGGAUUUCACAAACAUGUUUUUCUGCUCCAUUAUAAGGUGCUGACUCUGGCAAUAUUGGACCUACCAGGGCUCCUUUUCUUUUCAACAUUCACACUCCUUGUUCUAUUUUGGGCUGAGAUAUAUCACCAGGCUAGGAGUUUACCAACAGAUAAGCUCAGGAUUUCUUAUAUUGCCAUUAAUGAUGCCAUAUACUUCAUUCAGGCCUGUAUCUGGGUUUACCUCUGGAUCAAUGACAAUAGCACAGUGGAAUUCAUUGGGAAGAUAUUUAUGGCAGUUGUAUCAGUUAUUGCAGCCUUGGGCUUUCUGCUAUAUGGUGGAAGGUUAUUUCUCAUGCUGCGGCGCUUCCCUAUUGAAUCUAAAGGGAGGAGAAAGAAGCUUCAUGAGGUUGGAUCGGUGACUGCCAUAUGUUUCACCUGUUUCCUCAUUAGAUGCUUUGUGGUUGUGUUAUCUGCUUUUGAUUCUGACGCAUCUCUUGACGUCUUGGAUCAUCCUGUUUUGAAUCUGAUAUACUACCUGCUGGUAGAAAUUCUUCCUUCAGCUCUUGUGCUGUACAUCCUGCGAAAACUGCCUCCAAAAAGAGUGUCUGCACAAUACCACCCAAUCAGUUAGCUGCAGCAGAAUUUUAUCGUUAGUGAUACACGUUCCCAUGGUUUCUGUUGCAGAAGCUAACUGGAGUUGUUCAGGAAAAGUGAAACUGCAAAAGGAUAUUCGGUUGCAAUAAUUCUGCGGAAAGGCAAAGAUUCAACGCUUUUUUGGCAGUUGUUAAAACAGAGGUUAAGCUGUUUUGCUUACAUUAUAUUGUUUCUGUGGUUUUAGUGUGAAGCAUGAGACAAAUAAGUGUUCCCCACGUCUGUGAAAAAUCCUAGUCAUGAUGUAAUGACGCAGAGGGUAAAUCUCAGUAUCGCCAUUGUACUGGCAUGUUGUAACUAUGAUGUUCUGGAUCUCCUUUACUGCAAUGACUGAUGUCCUUUGUUUGGUCAGUUUGUUCUA